AUGCACCGAUUUGUGCUGCUCGCAUCAUCCCAUCGUCCUACAACAACAACAACAACGUUCCGACCCAUUCUUGUGCGUCCAUCAGCAGGUUUAUCUUCUCCUACUCGUCGUCUUUUCAUACCCCAUGUUGCUACUCCUUCCACUACUACCACUUCUACUGCCUUGUUCUCAACAAGAUCAACAGCACACACUGGCGGCCGUUUUUAUCGCAAGACGCUUUACCCCGCUGCUGUAGCUGCUGGUGUGGCUACAGCCACUGGCAUUUGGUGGGGCUGCUCACAGCUAAUGGAUCCAUGCCAUGCUGAGGCUGAACGUACCCAUACAUACAACUUGUCAGCUUAUGCACCAUCCACAGCUUCUGGAACCGUAGCCGAGUUGUUGGAUGAUGAAGGCCGUGUGGCUCUACAAGCAAAAUCUACUGAAGAAAUCUUACUUGGCUUGCUCGUCUAUCGUAUGUGCAUGAUCCCAGGUGUAGUGGAUCUAGCUCCUCACGUGAUCUCAGCUUGUGAGACGUUGCAUCUUCAUGGUCCUCUUUAUUGGCUUGUCAAGCGUACGGUCUUUCGGCAGUUUUGUGGUGGCGAGACACCCGAUGAGUGUAGUGCAAGCAUGGAGCGUUUGGCCCAAAGCGGUAUCAAUUGCAUCCUCGAUUUGAGCAUUGAAGCUGAUUUGCAUAUCAAAAAGCCGAAAAAGAAAAACACCUUGUCCUAUGAAGAACAGCGUGCUGAUGUUGUCGUUGAUAUGAUCAAGGAUUGCUUACGCACAGCAUCUACUUGUGAAGGUUCUUUUGCUGCUGUUAAGGUCACUGCCUUUGCACCUCCUGAAGUAUUGCUUCGUUUGAAUCAAGCUAUCAUUCGUCUCGAUCAAGCCUAUGAAGCAUGCAAACGUCUUGAAGAUGGCCGUAUGGAUCAAGUGGGUCUUUCUCGUAUUGUUCAACAUGUACUUCCACCACCACGUGACAAGGAGCAACAAGAACGUCGUGAAGAAAUCCUUGAAGCCAUUGGGGAUGAUGCUCUUGAACGUUGGCAAGUCGACAAGCUCUUUGAUUUACAAGGACCCAUGCGUGAUAUUUGGUGGCAAACGGGUGAUGACCAAACACCUGAUGACACCCCACUUACGGCCGAUGAGCUAAGAGCUUAUGAUCGUAUGGUUUCUCGUCUCAAUCAAGUUUGCAGUAUGGCUCACGAUCGUCAUGUUGGUAUCAUGAUUGAUGCUGAGCAGUCGUAUUUCCAAGAAGCGAUUGACCACGUUGCCAUGAACUUGCAAGCUAAGUACAAUCGUCGCGAUGAUCGUGAACAUACACCCACUGUUUACAACACAUAUCAAAUGUACACCAAGAAUGCACAAGCCAAACUUGAGCGUGAUGUUGCAAGAGCCCAACGUGAAAACUUUGGCUUUGCUGCCAAGCUUGUACGUGGCGCUUACAUGGUGAUGGAGCGUAAGCGAGCUGCUCAACUAGGCUAUCCAUCGCCUAUCCAUGACACUAUUGAGGAUACGCAUGCAUCAUUCAACAAUGGUGUGCGCUUUUUACUUGACAAGUUGCGUGAGAAUCUCAAGGAAGGAGAAACCAUCCGAUCUACUACAGCACCUGUUGUCUUCAUGGUGGCGACCCACAACCGUGAUUCAAUUGUGUUGACGGUGCAAGAAAUGGAACGUCACCAAGUGCUUCCUCGUUCAGGCGUUGUUCACUUUGGCCAACUCUAUGGCAUGCAAGACCAGAUCUCUUAUACACUUGGCAAGAACGAAUACUCGAUUUACAAGUAUUUACCUUAUGGCAAGAUUGAUGAAGUGAUGCCUUAUUUAUUACGACGUGCUCAAGAAAACUCGAGUUUACUUGGCGGCGUUUCCAAGGAAUGCUCUCUCAUGUGGCAAGAAGUUAAAGAAAGGUGGUCAGGUAAAAGUGUCUCUGUAUUACAGCAGGCUCUCCCUCCAUCUUCGCCUCAUGCUUCUGCAGGUACAACGGCAGCAGCUACAACCGGAGCCGCCGCUACCACAGCAACAGCAGCUGAUACCGCUCCUGCUGUCGAGUUAGCUACCGCAACCACCACAACCACCACAGCCCCGAAUGAAGUCGACGUAUAA